CAAUCUUUACUGCACUGAUUCAAUAAACGAGCAUAAAGACAGCAAGAAAAAAUAUUUCACUGGCUAUUCGCUACACUUGAAAACUCUAGAAGGAUAACAACAAUCACAGCAUGGAGUUUGGCAGCAAGUUUGUUUAUCUGGGUAACAGUGCAGAUGACGAAGAGGAAGUAAAGCAGUUAGAAUCCAAAGGGGUCGUUUUGUCAGACAGCGACUCGGAUAGCGCAGACGACGGGGAGACGUGCUUGCUGGACAUACUGGACACAGCAGGACAGGAGGAGUACUCCUCUGUACGGGACAGCUAUGUCAAGUCCGGGGACGGCUUCGUCAUCAUCUACAGCAUCACGGACAAGGCCAGCUUCAUCGAGGCUGAAACCAUUUUCCAUUGGCUGCAGAAAGUCAAGCAAGCCACGCCGUGUGCAAUUCUAGUAGCAAAUAAACAAGACCUCACAAGUGAAGCAGUUGUCACUAGCGAACAAGGAGCUGACCUUGCAAAGAAACUGGUUGUUCCUUUCUUUGAAACAUCAGCUAAAACAGGCUCAAAUGUAGCAGAAGCUAUCAAAGGUCUUGUGCGAACAAUCCCCAGACUUAGCAGUGACUAUAAGCUUGUAAUGCUUGGCGGUGGAGCAGUGGGUAAAUCCAGUGUAACAAUCCGCUUUGUGAAUGACUCAUUUGUGGAGGACUAUGAUCCGACGAUAGAAGACUCCUACAGGAAGAUGAUACGGGUCAGUGGACUACAGGCGGUCAGUAAAUCUGAGAAAAGGGCACGUGAUGAAUCAAUCACAAACGCCGCACCUGUUUAUGCCAGAAAAAAGAAAAGUUUCAGUUUAUUUUCAAAACUAACAAAUCCCUUUAAGAGACAGUCUUCAGAACCUCAACUCCUGUCUGCUACAAGACAGUCGAGUGCUAUACCACCUCAACUCCUGUCUGCUACAAGACAGUCGAGUGUUAUACCACCUCCUCCUAAUCCUGAACCUUCAAUUCCCCUAUUUGGUGAGGAUGAGGAAAAUGUGGUGAAUGUAAUAGAGAAGAAAACAGAUGGAAAUGUGGUGUUGGUUCCAUUAAGGAAUCUGGCUAAUGAGCCAAAGCUGGUCACUGGAGACCCUAUCAAGUGUGUUCAGUGUUUAGCUGUCCUAACUAGCACGGCCAGGCUUGAGAGUGAAGGGGAACUUAAGACAUGGAAAUGUGAGUUUUGUGGGUUUGCCAAUAAAAAUCUGGAUAUAUCCGAGGAUGAGAUACCUAAAGGAGAGGAGAUUGAUUUCAUGCUCUCACCUCCAACAAAACCAACAGAAGAAACCAACAACUCAGCAGAUGAGACCAGCAAGCCAGAGAAGAAGAAGGUGUCUGAGGGUGUUCGAGUUUACUGCAUGGACAUCAGUGGCUCCAUGGAUGUCUUGUGUCAAGUUCCAGAGUCACACUCUUUAUGGGGACAAUCAAGAAUGGAUACAAAUUCACAAGUAAAUAGAGUCAGCCGACUUGAUUGCAUCAAGACAGCAAUACAAAGACUGGUGGAGCAGCUGAAAGUUGAGGAACCAGAGAAGCAGGUCUUGCUUGUGGUGUUCAGCACUGAUGUGCAAGUCAGAGCUGGAGGGCAGGGCAUGCACUCUUUUUGUAGACUAGAAAACCAAACAUUUGACCAGUUAGUUAGUUCUGGCUCAAGUCUUGCUGAGAGCUAUCCAUUAAAAACCAUCGAGGAAACACAAGAAGAAAUAGAUCAAAUUGUUAAGCAACUGAGAACGAGUGGCAGCACAGCCUUAGGUCCAGCCCUUGCCAUAUGUGCUGGCUUUGUUAGCAAAACUCCAGGAUCUGAGAUUGUUUUAUGUACUGAUGGAGAGCCAAACGUUGGCAUUGGUUCCCUGCCUUCCCCGGCUGGUGCUGAGUUUUACAGACAGGUUGGCAACUAUGCCAGGUCCAAAAACGUCACCAUCAACAUUUUAGCUCUGGAGGGUGACUCGGUACAGCUCAACAUAGUGAGUCAGGCAGCAGAGUUGACAGGUGGCACCACCAGCAAACUCAACCCUGCAGAAAUCAUCCGUCAGCUGAGGCUGAUUGCCCAGAACGAGGCUGUGGCCACCGCUGUGACGGUCAGGUUUUUCUUGCACCCAGAGUUUGUUUUUGAUGAGCCGGACUACAGCCCAAACUUAAGCCAGCUGGAAAAAGAAGUGGGCACUGCCCGAAAAGAAAGUAAUCUCACAUUCAGAUUUAAGCUUAAAGACACUACAGCAGCAAAGGAAAUCAAAUCUGUCCCAUUCCAGGUUCAGAUCAACUACACAAGGAAGGAUGGCAUGCGCUGCUUAAGAGUCCUGAGCAAAUCUUCAGAGACCACCACUGACAGACAAAGAAUGGAAGAGAAUAUCAACAUACCUGUGUUAAGUGUUUCAACUGUCAACUCUACAAUUAGCAUGGCCAAAUCAGGGAAAGGCAAAGAAGCUCAAAAUCAACUCAAAAAUGUGAAACGUCUCGUGAUGAGAGCGGCCAAAUCUGAUGAGCAGAAAGAAGCAAGACUGGCUUACAUAAAUGAGACGAGAGAGUUGGACAAUGUGCUCACAAAUGAAGUUGGAGCCCUUUCGUACGCAGCCGGUAUGAAUGACAGGACAACAGCUCUGCUUGGGGCCAGAAUGCAGGCACAAAGAAAUUUUUUACCCAACGAACUUAAAUUGUAUGCAAAUAUGGACAGCAGAAUGAAGCCUGAAGCCAAAGCUAAUUACUAUAGAUACCAAAAUAUGUGGAUGUAGAUUGUGCUUCUGCAAAUGUACACUGGAUGAAACUGCCAUGAGAAUUUAGAUUAUGUAGAAUGUGCGUGUGUGACAUGGGAGGGGGGGGGUGGUAGGUGUGUGGAAAUAUUUGGUGUAUUUAUAAAAAAAAAUAGAUAUACCUCUGCAGUGUAAAAAACGGAUUUUAAGUUGUCAUUUUGUUUAGCUGCCAGUGAAGUGAAAGAUUUUAUUGCUAUAUUAAAACUGAUUUUAAUUUUUUUAAGUUUGUUUUGUUGCUAGUUAAGUGAAAGAUUUAAAUGUUAUUUUAAAACUGAUAUUAAAUUUUUGCCAUUCAACAUCUCACUUCUUUCAAGAGGCUGAAACAAAAGCCUUUGUAUCAAAUAAUUUUUUUUUGAAAUUGAUUCAAGGGUUGUAAAAGUUUUUUGAAUUAGCUCUAGCCAUGCUAAAAAAAAAACAGGUACAGGUUUACAGGCACAUUAACACAGCUAGAGUACACAUUUGUUGUCUAUGAAGACAUUC